ACGCUGCACCCGUCUGCCACCCGCCUGCUGGGACCUCUUCUGCAUCCUGGGAUCCUGAACUGGUGACAAGCCGGUCUUGGGGCGCCUGGAGCCACCUGCCUUGGGCACAAUAACCUGAAAUGUCAUGCACCGGCGACGGGAGACAACUUCGCAAAGGCAUAGGCACCAGCCGGUCUCGGUGAAAGAGCCUUGUACGAGUUGGAGGCCCGUCCCCAUUGUCCUGGGAGCCCUAUUGAUCCAGCCCUCUCAUCUUGAAGCGUGCACUAGGCAUCCCAUUACACCAUGACGAUGGUCCGGCAAUAUCCACCCCUCCCUACACAGCAAACGCAGCUGUUCACAUUUAACACGCCCGCUGUGCCUUACGACUCAUUCCCCAUCUCUCCGCGCUCCGCUGCACGCCGAAAUGUCCCUGGUCACGAACAGUGGAGUGCUGGGCAUGUUCGGAUGCCCCAGCAGUAUGCCCACCCCCUCCAGCGCAUAAGUUCACACCCGCAAUACACAGAACAGACGGACCAGGGUCAGGUGGAAGUGAAGCAUCCGGAGCAUAUGCUUCGUCGGAAGACACCAAAUGGGAUCCUGGCAGCCUCGUACGACGGAACCUCAGUCGAGCAGACAGAAAGGCCACACGCAUCCAAGCACGUUUUGCUACCCGUCACGGCUGACGAACCUACCCUCUUGAAUUCAACAGUGUUUCCAUAUGGUCCGACACAGAAUUUACCGAUAAGGUCGCCUGCUUCAGCGUUCAAUACCUACGGUCCAGUGAACCAAGACCCCCAGUCUGCCAAUUGGGAUGCUCGCAAGAACUCGUGGACGAACUCACAGAACACCUUGCCAAAUUUUGACUCAAUGCUAAAUCAGCUGCCAGCGGACCAGGAUCUUAUGUAUCGCUUCUAUGGCCAGCAGUUUUGUGGUGCAAUGGACCUUCAGUUGCACACGCAGUUAGCUCCAACAGUGUCUAAUGAUCAAGGCCCUUAUGGACCUUACUGGUACGAUGGAACAUUUAUUCCCUACAGGCCUGCCGCUAUGCGUGAUCCACGCUACUAUCAUCAUCCCGCAUCAAGUUGGAGCUCGGCGCAUCAGCAAGGCUAUCUCGGCAAAGGCAUGGGAGAUUGGCAAGUAUUCAAUCCUCCAGUACCGAAUGUCAAUCUCUUGCAACAAACUCCAUUUCCGGGAUCAACACCGGUACCGCCCGGAAAUUCGUACAACAUCGACGGUGCUACUCUGGACCACCCGCUGCCAUAUAGCUUACGAAAUAGUGAACCAACACAUCAUUCUUAUCACCAUGGACGCAACCAAGGACCAGAAUAUCAGAACCUGAAUCUCAAUACUCAAUUUAGACAGCGAGCAUCACAUACCCCGCUCGACGUCCACUCGUCACAUUCAUCUGGCCAAACAACACCAGUACCAGACCUCACACCUGUUUCUACGCCUAUCUCCGAAUUUGGACCUCAUUCAAGCAAUGCGCAGUUGCGGGAGAGGGUCUUCAACUGGGCUCACACGGUCUACAUUGAUCUCUUAAAGUAUUUACAACAAACAAGGAGAGCCAGUGCCCAAAGUCGACACGCAAACGGGCAACCGCCUCGUCCAAACAUCUAUCCAAAACCUCCUCGCCAGCCUGGGGCUAAUUUCUCCUCCUCAAAUACUAACAACUCCGGCAAGACUUAUGACAGGCGCAUAUCGAAUCCUGGCACUUUGGCCCAAGCGGUCAGCGCCGAACGUGAUGAUCCAAACUUCCAGAAUAGACAGAAGCGACCAUCGCUAUCUCACAGUCGCUCAUCUUCUUUGUGGUCCCCAAGUCCGGCCGAGCAAAGGGAUCCCGAAGCUCAACGGCGAGCCUCUUGGCAACAGCAAAUGGCAAGUCCUGGCUUAAUGCAACUACAUGGCCAAAUGAACGAUUCUGCUCGCACGUUACGACGGACCUCAGGAUCGAUUACCGGACUACAACCCAACGUUUCUCCAAAUGCUGCCGCAACUUCCGCUCUUGAGUCAAUCACAAAACACUGUAGUGAAAGUUCUUGGAAAUGGAUAGACGGCAUGCUUCUUGGGGGAUGUUUAGCCUAUGCACUUGGAGAUUAUCAGAAGGCCCUCGGAUGGUAUUCUCGAAUACUUGAUCUUGACGCGGACCAUGUUGAAGCAAUCUCUAAUCUAGCCGCAACGCUACUCGCGCUCCAGCGAAAACAAGACGCCGAGCAGUAUUGGAUUCGCGCGGUCAAACUACGUCCUAGCUAUUUCGAAGCUGUUGAACAUCUGAUUGGUCUUCUGUGCACAGAUCAUCGAGGGAAAGAGGCUGUACAGAUUAUCGAACACGUAGAGCGAUCCUUGAAAUACUUCAAGAGCAGGGAACUAUCAAAGAACCUCGAUGUUCAAAGUGAAAGGUCGACAUCCAUGAGCCACUCUCCAGCAAUCUCCGAAGUCUCCGACAAACCAGUUUUUGAAUUCUUCGAUGGAGACGGCGAGACUGUUUUCAAGGAUCUAGAAGAGUUACCUGGCUCAGAUCAGCCUGGCUUUGGUUCAAGUGGAUACGCUAUUCCAGGAUCUGACAACGGCCGAAUCCUUGCGCUGGUUCACGCCAAAGGGAACAUGCUAUAUGCCCUAGGUGACAAUGUCGGCGCUGCGAAAGCCUUCGAAAGGGCCGUCUUGAUCGCUACUGGUCGUCAAAUGCAAGGCAUCGAAGGUCUUAUAAGACACAUUCUCUCAGUCAUUGGAGAGGGCGAAACAACCACUGACGGCCGGCGCAUCCCUCCUUCUCAUGAUCCGAUUCUACUCGGUCCUGAGCCUGCGUUGAAGACCUCACAGCUUUGCUUUCCUCCGCAUGGACAGCUACCUGGCCUCGAAUUUGUUUCUAGUGAAGGCAUGGCUCGGAAAGCUGCAAUAUCAACUACCAGUAACUCGUUAUUGUCCCUAGCCAAGAUUUUCCAAGAUGGGAUGUCCACAAAUUCACCGAAGUCAUCCGCAUACCAGACCUCAUACAGUGUCCGAGAAAUUCUAGCCCUGUACUACCUUUCUCUAUCACUUCAACCAAGUCCUUCGACUGCCAACAACGUCGGAAUACUGCUCUCCAGUGUGCAGCAGUCGGCACCUUCUAAGCACAUGCCGGUUUCUGGUCCCAUCCCCAAGCCUUACAUACCCGGCCUGGUCCCGGGAAGUGGAAUCGCACUGGCGUUGAUGUAUUACAACUACGGAUUGCUUCUGGACUCGAAACACGCACAUCUUUACACAAAUCUCGGCAGCUUACUCAAAGAUAUCGGCCAGUUGGACGUUGCUAUCAACAUGUAUGAGCAGGCUGUAGCAUGUGACGCGAACUUCGACAUUGCCCUUGCAAAUCUGGCAAACGCUGUGAAGGACAAAGGUCGGAUUAGCGAUGCCAUCACAUACUACCGCCGCGCUGUGAACGUCAGUCCUGAUUUUGCUGAGGCUGUGUGCGGCCUUGCGAACGCCUUGAAUUCGGUCUGUGGUUGGGCAGGUAGAGGAGGUAUUGCUUCGGAAAGUGGCACUCGAGACCGAUGGCACGUGGAUGAUAAGGGCAUGCUUCUUGACGCGAGACUUCCUGGUGCUUCGAGCUCUGGCUGGAUCAAACGAGUCGUUGACCUAGUUGAGAAGCAACUGGGCGAUGGAGAAAAUUGGGGCCUGGGCGUCAUCGACCAGCGCUUCGUGGAAUCAAUGGUCCGAUCGCUGACUCUCAUCGAAGGUGGUGUUUCGGACGUGAAAGAAAAGGAGAAGAACAUGAAAUCAAAGCUAGGCAGUUGGAGAGGCCAAAAAUGGGAAGGCGCCAGGUUGGUACGCUCGGUUGAGCGUGUAAUCAGAAGAAUUGCAUGGCAAUGGUACCAGGACAAGUACAUCAAGGGACUGCUACGGCCGUCUGCAUCGUACAGGCGACCUCAGCUACCAGGAGCUUUGACGGUCCCGGCCGCUCCUACCGUCCUUCCUUUCCAUACCUUCACCUGUCCGAUGUCUGCGAAGCAGAUACGCUUGAUAUCUCAAAGAAACGGUCUCCGGAUAUCCUGCUCCACACUAAAGGCUCCAUGGCUACCACCGACAGUAUUUGCUCCACCUCCACCUCCGAAACCCUACCUCAAGGUUGGGUACGUGUCGUCUGACUUCAACAACCACCCACUAGCACACCUCAUGCAGUCGGUAUUUGGACUUCAUGAUCCCUCCCGCGCUAAGGCAUAUUGUUACGCGACUACAGCAAGCGACGGCUCGGUUCAUCGGCAGCAGAUCGAGAAAGAGUCGCCAGUUUUUUACGAUGCCAGCAAUUGGUCAGCUGAGCGUCUCGUCAACCAGAUCGUGCAGGACGGCAUUCACAUACUAAUCAACCUGAAUGGCUACACUCGUGGCGCGAGGAACGAAGUGUUCGCAGCUCGUCCAGCUCCCAUUCAAAUGUCCUUUAUGGGUUUCGCCGGCACGCUAGGCGCAGAAUGGUGUGAUUACCUACUCGCAGACGACACAGCCGUCCCGCCAAGUACGCUGCGAAAGUGGCGUCGCAACAUCGAUAUUGAAGAUAAUUUCGUCGAUGAUAACAGCGGAGGGACGGACGACGAGUGGGUCUAUGGCGAGAACGUCAUCUUCUGUCGCGACACAUUCUUCUGCUGCGACCACAGACAGAGCGCGCCAGACUCGCAAGGCAAGCAGUUAGACUGGGAAGAAGAGCAAGUCAGACGAUGGAAGAUGCGCAAAGAACUCUUUCCAAAUCUUCCCGACGAUGCCAUCAUCCUGGGCAACUUCAACCAACUCUACAAGAUCGAACCCACCACCUUCCGUACUUGGCUCCGCAUCCUUGCACGUCUCCCCAAUGCCGUCCUCUGGCUCCUUCGGUUCCCCGACCUCGGGGAGACUAACCUCAAGCAAACCGCCCAUGCCUGGGCCGGCCCUGAAGUCGCGUCCCGCGUUCUCUUCACCGACGUCGCCCAGAAGCACAUGCACAUCGCUCGCGCUCGCGUCUGCGACCUCUUCCUCGACACGCCAGAGUGCAAUGCGCAUACCACGGCCGCCGACGUGCUGUGGUCGGGCACACCCUUACUUACCCUCCCGCGCUACCGCUACAAGAUGUGCAGCCGCAUGGCCGCAAGUAUCCUAAAAGGCGCUUUGCCAAGAAACGCGGCAGGAGUGCAAGCGGCACAGGAUCUGAUUGCGGGGAGCGAGGAGGAGUAUGAAGAGGCGGCUGUUCGGUUGGGGAAGGAGUGUGUGUACGAGGGAUAUCGGGCGACAGGACGAUUGGUGGCGUUACGCAAGUUACUGUAUGAGAGUCGGUGGAGUAGCGCGUUGUUUGACACAAAGCGAUGGGUAAGAGAUCUAGAGGAGGCGUAUGAGAGGGCGUGGGGCAUGUGGGUCAGAGGCGAAGGUGGGGAUAUCUGGUUGGAGGGGAAACGGCCCUCAUAGACGAGUGGGUGGGCGGGUAGAUGUUGGAUACAGAAGUUGAUGUGCUUUUUGAGGAUCUCUUAGAUGGGGCUCUAGGGAUUUAGAAGGAGCAAUUAGGUCGCCGUCACCUUUCUUCCUCUUCUUUGGGGAGAAAGUCGGAGCCUGGCAUUGGGUGGAGUUGCGGAGG